CGGAAGGCCGACUUAAGAUGGUCAAACCGCUCGCCUUCAAGGGCGACAAGAAGGUUAAGAAACGGAAACGGGUAGUUGAGGAAGGAGAUGGUGAGGCCUUGUCCUCCAAGGCUCCUGCAACAGCAUCACAGACCAAAUCCUCAACCGACGACGAUUCCUGGGUCACGGCUGACGUACCCACCGACUUGUCCGGCCCAGUCGUGAUUGUGCUGCCCACCGAGCCGCCAACCUGCCUUGCUUGCGAUCCGAAUGGCAAGGUCUUCACCAGCGCCAUCGAGAACUUCAUCGACGGCGACCCUGCUACAGCCGAACCGCAUGAUGUGAGGCAGGUAUGGGUGGCAAACCAGGUCGCCGGCACGGAAAGCUUCAGCUUCAAGGCCACUCACGGAAGAUACCUCGGCUGCGACAAACUCGGCAUCCUUACGGCAAACUCGACAGCUAUCUCCCCAGAGGAAUCCUUCCUCUGCAUUCCAGUUCCCGACAACCCUUCCACCUUCAGCCUACAAACACAGCGGGAUAAAUUCCUCAUGGUCGAUGAAGCAGCGAGUCGUGGACCGGAGGUGCGAGGCGACGCCGAAGUCAUCACUUUCUCCACCACAUUUCGCCUCCGCAUGCAAGCCCGUUUCAAACCGAAGCUCAGAGCAUCGAAAGAGGAAAAGGCCAAUUCGAAGAUCAGUCGCAAAGAGCUGGAAGAAAUCGUGGGACGUCGACUUGAUGACGACGAAGUCCGGAAGCUGAAAAGAGCAAGACGAGACGGCAAUUUCCACGAGGCAGCCUUAGAUAUAAAAGUGAAGUCCUCCCACGACAAGUUUGCUAGCUGAGACACUUGUGGGAUCUCAUUUUCUGUGGCUCCAUUUUGGUCUCCACUCGAUCGUGUUCCGGCCUACAUUAGUAUGCCCAGGCAUACGAAGAAAACUGCAGGUACUUUCUUCAAUCCGCACAGGGAACUUUGCAUUGGUUCCUCUACGCGUAUGCAUGAUCAUGCUACUAGUAUAGUUACAGGAUAUGACCGCAGAACUUCCCGUGUCUCUCUCGGCGAAGGACUAGAAUUGGUCCGCCAACGCAAAGAAUCUCCGAUCAACACGUUUGAUUGCUGUUCUUCAAAUAGAUACUGUUGACGCCUACGCAAACUUCGUCCAUAGCAUGAAGUAUAUGCUAGCUAGAACAAAAAUUUUGUGUCCUAUAGAUAAC